UCCUCUCCCCUCCAACCAAACAGAACCUAAGAGAGAACGACGGCGUUUUUCGGGGAAAUCAACGUCGAAUGAUCUGAGACCAAGAGCGCACGACGCGGGGGAGGCACGCUGGAGGCUGAUCACUGUUCAUCGUCUUCCUCCCUUGAAUCAGAGACGCCGAGACUGGUUUGAGCAGGAUAGAUACCAGAGGAGACCACGCCGAGAACGCCAUCGAAGAGAGAUUGCAGACGCGUUUGGGAAGCUGGUUUUUCCCUGUUCAUCAUUCUCUGGAGCUGGAGGCGACGGGUUCGAAGGGCAGAACUUGAAUGCACGCCGUCGACGAGGGAGGAAGGUCACAGAACCAGAGGAAGCCAUUUCAGAUUCGAUGAGCUGAGGGGAUGCAGCUAUAGGAACAUAUCAAAGAAGGGAAACACCAUAAUUGAAGUUCUGGCCUGGUCUCUACAAGAAAGAAACAUGCCUCAUAGAACCCGACCUAUGACAGCAUUACUGGUAUUUACUGGAUUAAAUGUUGUUUUGGUUUCAACAAUUACUCCAGUCUACGACUUUGUUUGCUUUCAUCCUUAUUGGGAAAGAAGGAGGGAACAGCGUCGUCAGGAACGCGAAUCUGCGGUAGCUAAUGAUUCAGAAUCAGCCUAACGGGUUCUAUACGAGUAGGCUUUCUGAAGGACUCUCCCUGCCUUCAAUUCCUGUUGUGGCGGUAAACCUAUGAAAUCUCAUAACAUCAGACCUUAUUCUUUGGGUAUUGUUAAAGACACGUCUGUUUUAAGUUUCGGGAGCUUUGUUCAAAAUCUGAUCCAAGCAACCAACCCUAUCAGAUUUACAUAGUAUUUCUUUCUAUUUUCUUUCCUUAUUCGGCCAGGGUAUUACACCAUUUAGUGAGGUAUAUAUCCGUCAUUUGAUGGAAAAUUCAGGGAACUAGUCAAUUUUGAGUUGAAGUAGAUCUUCUUGAGUAUGAAAUGAAACUAAUUCUUGAGCUUGUGAUCCCUUGGGUGAAGGGAUAAAUGUGGUCCUUCAAGAGAUGUGUUUUGCUCAGAAGCAAUCCUCCUCCUUUAGGCUUUUCAUUCCUUUGGAUGUUGCUGCAAGUUUAAUAUUAGCUUUUUAGAGUCAUUCAAAUAAUCAGAUUACUUUUGGUGAAGCCUUUGAAUGAUGCAUCUUGACCUGAUU